AUGGUGGCGGUGCAGGCUGCGGCGGCGACGGCGGAGGCGCCGAUCCGUGUCGAGGCCAAGGUCGCGGCGGCGCCGGAGGCGGAGGCCGAGGUGGAGGUGCAGGUGAAGGGCGAUGCUGCCGCCGCGGCGGGAGAGACGGAGGACUACAAGAGCGACCUGAGGAAGCUGGAGGAGCUCAUGUCCAAGCUCAACCCUCGCGCGCAGGAGUUCGUGCCGUCGUCGCGCCGCACGGCUCCGGUCGCCGUGCCGGCAGCGGCAGCCAAGCCGGCGGCGGGAGGAGGGGUGCUCUCCGCCGACGCGCCUGUGUUCGUGUCCGCCGGCGAGUACUACGGCGCUGCCGGCGGGCGCCUGGAGGUAGGCCGCGGCGGCGGGGGCAGGGGCUCUAGCAGCGACGGAUCCAGCAACGGCGGCGGCGGACACCCACUGAAUCGCCGGGUCGGACGACAAAUUGACUUUGCCCUCCUGAUUGAUAUCAGAGAAGGAACAGCUUCAACCAGGGGAGGCGGAGGGUGGGAGGCCGGCCCCGACGGGCUGAUAGAGAGGACAGUGACUGAGCAGAAGCUCGCUGAAGUGUUUUCUAACUGCGGGCAAGUGGUAGAUUGUCGUAUCUGUGGUGACCCCCAUUCUGUCCUGCGCUUUGCGUUCAUUGAGUUUGCUGAUGAUGCUGGUGCAAGAGCAGCACUAACACUUGGGGGAACCAUGCUUGGCUACUAUCCUGUUAGAGUUUUGCCUUCUAAAACAGCAAUUUUACCCGUCAAUCCUAAAUUUCUUCCUCGAACUGAAGACGAAAAAGAAAUGGUAUCGAGGACUGUAUAUUGUACUAACAUAGACAAGAAGGUUACAGAGGAUGAUGUAAAGGGUUUCUUCCAGCAAGCGUGCGGAAAGGUUUCUCGGCUGAGGCUCCUUGGUGACUAUGUACACUCCACAUGCAUUGCUUUUGUUGAGUUUGCUGAAGCUGAAAGUGCAAUUAUGGCCUUAAACUUCAGUGGUAUGGUCCUUGGUUUACUCCCUAUCAGGCAUAUACGCAGUUUAGUUCCCAUGACUCCUGUUCGUUGGUCUGCACUCUACGUGGAUGUAUAA